CUUCGUGUUCCAGUGUGGAUCACAACGUCGCGUGAAUAAGUGCGUACUAUAAUAAUAGUGUUGACUAUCUCUCGGGAGAAUGUGAUGUGAUAAAUAACUGCUGGUGACGAAGAUACUCGAAAAGCUCGCCGGAUCGUGCUGCUCGCGUUUAAUGCUGCCAAAAUUCUCCUCACGAGAAUUGCAAACAGCUAAAACUAUGCGCGUCACUGAGAUUCGCCGUUCCAAAAAUAUUAACAGACUCUCGUCCUUAAACGAGAUUUCACAGCUAUACGAAACGGUGAACGUCAUCCAAUUUCUGCGAACGACGAAACCAACGAGUGUUUUGAUUUUAUUAAUUUAUCGACAAUCUCACUGAGUGGAUAUCGAUAGCUGCUCCGAUAAAACUGUUCUAUCGUUUUAUGUCUUCUCUUAUAUUCCUACUUUUUGGUAGCCUCCAAGCAUAAUUUCACAAAAGUAAUAAACUCUCUUGUGUGAAUGAACAAGUGUUGCGAGUGAAAUAAAUCAAAUUGAGCUUCGUCGACUCUCGAUCGUCUAACGCACGAAGAUGGAAAGUCGCGUUCAUACCCAAAUUUCAGCCCUCUGCGAAUAACCAAGCGACUUGUCGCGUGGGUCGUCGUUUUGAGGAAAAUGUUCAUUUCAAGGAGUGCGGGAAAAUAAAAAAUAAUUUACGUUUCUGGCGAGAAGAACACAAAUGGUCUGGUCAGCCAACGGCGGUAUCGUCAGUCAGGUUACGUCAACAUAGAAUCGGAUGGUCCAGGUGCAGAAUAAAAAAAAAAUGGAGAAGGAGUCGCGGAUCUAGCGCAUGGGCGUGUACUCCUCAUCUUACAGUGAAAGUGGUCCUGGAUUCACGGGGAAGCCAACGGAUACUGCGAUCGCACACUGAUUUCGUAUAAAAACCCACCGACUGCAGCAGGAUGGCACUCUCAAGUCAACAUUCCCAAGAGAAACAUGAAGACCUUCUUGAUCUGCCUUUUAGCAGCGACAUGUGUUCUGGCCACCGAUCAGAACCAAGGGGCUUCGGCAGGGGAGAGCGUCAAAAAAACCACAAAACGUGGUAUCCUGCAUGGGGAUAGCGCCCUCAGCUUCGGUGCGUCAUUGGGAUCGGGUCUCAGUUACAAGGGCCUAGACUAUUCUUCAGGGCUAUCAGGUUACAAAGGUGUCGGUUAUGCCUCAGGACUUUCGGCAUACAACGGCGUCCAUUCAUCUGGUCUUGGUUACAACAGUGGCUACAGCGGAGGCUACAAUAAUGGCUACAACGGGGGAUACAACAGUGGCUACAACGGUGGCUACAGCGGAGGCUACAAUAGUGGCUACAACGGCGGCUACAGCGGAGGCUACAACAGUGGCUACAACGGUGGCUACGUUUCAGGGCUUGGUUUCACUGGAGUGAACUCUGGAAUCAACGCUGGUCUCUCGUCUGGUUUGAACUCAUUCUCAAGUGGUUCGGCUCUUGGUUUUUCAUCUGGCAGAACAGAAAAGAUCACAGGUCUUACAAUUCAUCGUGAAGUCCAGGUUCCAGUACCUGUGCCCCAACCUGUUCCAGUCGAGGUCACCCGUCCGGUACCAGUGCCACAUCCAGUUCCCGUAAAGGUUGACCGUCCUUAUCCAGUCCCAGUGCCCCAGCCUUACCCCGUCGAGGUAACGCGUCAUGUGCCUGUUAAGGUUGACCGCCCUUAUCCAGUCCCCGUACCCCACCCCGUUGCCAUUCGCGUACCUCAUCCAGUGCCUGUUCCUGUGCCCCAACCAGUCCCUGUUCCGGUAACGGUGAACAAACCCUACCCAGUUAACGUUGGACCGAGCAUCUUCACCACCAGUUCUUCUCAAGGCCUCGGAUCGAAUCUUGCUCUUGGAAACUACGCUGGAUCUUACACCAACUUCGGCUCCAAUGUAGGUUCCAGUCAAGGAUUCAAUCUUGGCUCAUCCAACUUCGGAACGAAUACCGGCCACUCCUCUUCUUACAACACUGUUGGAUCUGGACUAGAUUUUUCGUAUUCUACCCUCGGAUCCGGACAGGGUCUUUCAUCGUAUCAUGGACUUGGGUCAUACUCGGGUCAAGCUAACUCGGGACAGUCCUCGCAAAAUUUCGGUAGUACCGGAUACAGUUACCCAGUCCCCUCGAAAAAGUGGUAAACUUCAGAAAAUCAUUAUCUGCGCUUAAACGCUGCAAAUAGUAUCGAAUAAUCUAAGAAUAAUAGGGAUCAUGUUUUUCUUUUUAUAAGUGAAUAAAAGUUACUAUUUUUUUACCGUAA